GCCAUGUGCACAGCUGAAGCAACUGCAUCCCUGCUCCAAGUGGAGGAAACCUUCUCAGCAUGCCUGGCACGGAUAGAUGCCCUCAUCCUCAAGCCUCUGCUGCAGGCAGAGCCUAAUGACCAGAAGGGAAAGGAGAACUUCAAGCUCUUCCAGCUCCUAAAUGAUCGAUUUCAAGCUCUAUGGAACCUCACAGAAGAAAAUUACUGGAUACUGAAGCAAAAAUGGAGCACCUCUGAGUCAUUCUGCAUCCAGGACAUCUACACCAUCUGGAAAGGAGACUUGUUUUUAAGUCUUUACAUCCAAUACUUCGUCACCUUUGCAAACUAUGUCGUGGUCCAUGGCUUUGAGCAUGCCACCAAGAGCAAAAGUGAAGCCUGGAAGCAUCACAAGACAGUGCUGAAGCAAUUCCUCACAGACUUCACCUCAGAGAGCUCCAUGUCCCUGGCCUUGUACACUGUUCUGCACAAACCCAUCCGAGAUCACCUUGACCAGUACAUACAGCUCCUGACCAAACUGAAGGAGGCUCUCCAAGAGGGCUCUGAGAAGGAUGUGGUUAUCACUGCCAUCAAGGAAUAUGUGAAGCUGGAGUCUUUCAUCAGCCAAGUCCUGGAUGAAGCUUGUUUUACCAAGGCCUUAUGGAAAAACCUGAGCUACAAAUUCACAGACAUCCUCUGUGUACCUGAAAGGAGGCUGCUGGAAGACAGCAAAAACCUUCCCAUCUCUGCCAGCACAAAUAGGUCAGACCGGAUCUUGCUCUUUGAUGAUGUUCUUGUGAUCAUUCAGGGAAACAGCUUCCAGAGUUUUGAUCUGAAGCUUGUAUGGGUAGAUGACAACUACAAGGAGAAAUCAGCUCCAGGACUGUAUGGACUCCACAUCAUAACUCCUGAAGAAACCUUCUCCCUCACUGCCAAAGACCCACAGAUGAAGGCUGUUUGGCAGUGGAAGCUGAAGCAGGCUGUGCGCCAGGCACUGAAUGGGAAGAGAGAUUUCCCCUUGUGGGGCCGGACUGGGGAAGGCACCGAGCCCCCAUCCUGCCGCUUCUUCACCUACGUCUUCAGGCUGGAGGGCAAGUUCAAGAGUGCAACCUAUGAGGGAGAGUGGCACUGGGGAAAGCCACAUGGCAAGGGGACCCUGAAGUGGCGUGAUGGACGCAACCACGUGGGGGACUUCAAGGAGGGCCUGGAGCAUGGGUUUGGGAUAUGCCUUGUGCCACGCCAGUCUGAGGACCGCUAUGACUGCUACAAGUGCCACUGGUAUGAGGGCAAGAUGAGAGGCUAUGGAAUCUGUGAGUAUGGCAACGAUGUGGUCUACAAAGGUUACUUCAAAGACAACAUGCGGCAAGGGUUUGGGAUCCUGGAGAACAUCUCAGCUGAGCAUCCAUUUAAAUACACUGGACAGUGGGAAAAUGACAAGAAGAGUGGAUAUGGAGUCUGGGAAGACAAAGAUAGGGGAGAGAGAUACAUAGGGACAUGGCUUGAUGACCGCAAACACGGACAAGGCAUUGUGGUAACCCAGUCAGGUGUCUGCUACCAAAGGACAUUUCAUGCUGAUAAAAUGGUGGGUUCUGGGAUUCUGCUUUUGGAAGAUGACUCUGUCUAUGAAGGGAACUUCACAGAAGAUCUAACCUUUGUUGGAAAGGGAAAGCUGUCCUUUGCCAAUGGCUUCAUUCUGGAGGGAACCUUUACUAACAAAUCAGGCCAAGGUCUGCAGACACAUGGCAUCCUGAACACAUCCCACGAGCAGCUGGAUGACAGCAUAACCAAAGUUCAGCUGGGCCUCGAGGAGUUCCCAGUGGAGAAGAGAUGGAAAGGAAUCUAUGACCAGUUCCUGGAAUUCAUCCACUCUGGCUGCAAAGAAGAAAUGGAAGAGUCUUUCACAGGCUUCCACAUACAAACAAGCAAGGAGCUGCGGAAGUCUCAGGAGUACCUCUUCUGCCAGAGGGGGACUGAGGAAGUAUCCUGGAAGAUAGAAGAUAUUCCUGAGGAGCUUGUCUUGUACCAGGAGGUGGAGUCACUACAGAGUUAUUUAGAGAAGGCACUGAAGUCCUCCCUACACCCACUGGGAAAGCUGCUGAAGGCUUUGACCAUAGCUUUCCAGGCAACAUACUCUGGGAUUGGGGCCAACAGACACUUGCUGACCAUGGCACAAGAGGAAGUCAAGCACUAUGCAAAGAAAAUAUGGGAGUUCUACCAGGCUUUGCUCCAUCUGGCACUGGAACAGAAAGGCCAACAGCCUGCAAAGUGUGUGGAUGAAGGUUCAAGUGACCAGAAGGCCUGCAGUGUGGUCCUGCCACUGAUCUUACCCUGCUUCUACCCUGAGCUUUCCAUGCUCUACAUGCUCUAUCAUGAAAGAGAAGAUGACCUCUACUGCCAAGGGAUUGUGGACCUUAGCUUGUUUCCUGACAUCAAGCUGCUGGAGUUUCUGGAUGUGCAGAAACACCUCUGGCCCCUGAAGGAUCUCACCCUGACUACCAACCAGAGGCGAUCUCUUAUCAAAGACAAAUGCUUCCUGUCUGCCACCGAGUGUCUGCAGAAGCUGAUCACCACAGUGGACCCUCGGGAGAAGCUGCUGAUCCUUCAGAAGACCUAUGAGGAGAUAGAGAGUACAGUGUGCCGGGUGCUGGAGAAGGACUACAAGCUGCCCAUGGAUGACCUGCUCUCUCUGCUGAUAUAUGUUGUGUCUCGAGCAAAAAUCCAACACCUGGGAGCUGAAAUCCAUCUGAUCAGAGACUUGAUGGACCCCACCAAUCAAGGAGGACUCUAUGACUUUCUGUUAACAGCACUGGAGUCGUGCUACAAACACAUCCAGAAGAUGAGGCUCAACCAGAGAGACAACUGCCACGUGGCUCACAGCUCCUGAGCCUGAGGACCUCAAGGGAAUCCUCCUCCCUGCUGCACUCUCUUGACCAAACACUGUUGGAUGAAGACGAAAUUGUGUCACUGCUCUCCUGGCUGCUGUUAAAAAGGAAAGGAGAGGCCUUCUUCAGAGGAGGGUUUCUCACUGGCUGUUCUCUUUAGACUAGCUCAUGAAACACAGAGAUGGAUGCUGUGGGCUGAGUCUUCAACAAGCAAUCCCAGCUCAUGUCUCUGGGACUGUCCUUGUGCAAAGUGGCCAAGGUCUCUUCUGCCCUGUAGUUUUAUUUCCCUUUCCUGCACAUAGAAGUCUGCCCUGGAACUUCAUUUAACCAUUAUUUCUGAUGAUGGUGAACUGACAGAAGGGAAAAAGAGUUCAUUUUGUAGGAAGCAGUCAAAUGAAACCACCAGAAAUAUGCUGGUGGGGGACACUUGUUGGUUGGCAGAAAUGUGGUGUGGACAGGAAGAGCCAUAACCAAGUUCCUCCACAAGCUCUUCCUGGAGGGAUGUGGAUUUUCUUGUAUCCCCAAGAGGAAAGUUUGUCCAUUCCUCACCCCAACUCAGUACCCCUCCAUCCCCUUGUAAAGCUGCUAUGGACUAACUUCUUUGUUGAUGAUACUUCAAAGGGUGUAUUUUAUACUCUGCAAGACUCGUGGAACCUCAGGGAUAUCACACUUGCACCUUGACCAUGCUAGUGCUGCUUUGGAAUUUUGUUGGGGUUUUGUGUGUGCCUUUGGGGAGAGAAAUCUCAAACCCCCCUGGCUUUCUGCACUGACAGAGCUGCAGCCACCACUGUUUCUCCUCAGUGCACAGCUCUGGGUUGACAGACCACCCCCUGAUGCCAGUGGGGUACAGAUCAAGUUGAGAAGCAGGCUGGGUUUGAUGCUGCCUUUAGGAAAGGCAAAUGGAUAUUUGGUAUCCUGUUCCCAUCAGACAGAAACAGUAAUGUCUGAGUUGCAUAUUUAGAACAAAAAGUUCUUUUUGAACUAGAUUUUAACCUGCUUUGUGUUA